CGCCAGGGAAGGGGGCCAGACCCGAGGGCGCCGAGGGCGGGACCGGACUCGGCUUCGGCGUGAGAUGGCGGCGGCAGCUGUGAGAAGCGCCAAGCGGAGCCUGCGGGCCGAGCUGAAGCAGCGUCUGCGGGCGGUGAGCACCGAGGAGCGGCUACGCCAGUCCCACCUACUGACCCAGAAGGUGAUUUCCCACAGUCAAUACCAAAAGUCCAAAAGAAUUUCUAUCUUUCUGAGCAUGCCAGAUGAAAUUGAGACAGAACAGAUCAUCAAGGACAUUUUCCGAAGAGGCAAAACGUGCUUUAUCCCUCGGUACCGGUUCCAGAGCAAUCACAUGGAUAUGGUGAAAUUAGAAUCACCUGAGGAAAUUUCUUCACUUCCCAAAACUACCUGGAAUAUUCUUCAGCCUGGAGAGGAUGAUAUUCGAGAGGAGGCCUUGUCCACAGGCGAGUGUUACGGUGUUUGA